AUGCGCAACUUUUCAUCAAAGACGGCAGCCGUCGCUCUGGCGGCAGCAGCAUCGGCACUUCUAUUCGCAACCCCCGCCUCUGCAGAUACCUACUACGACGACGACCGGCCUACCUCGACCGUCGCUCUCCCUGCCUGUACGGCCACGUCAUCAACCGGCAGCGGCGCGUACUUCGACCUGCGACCAGACAUUGCCUACCCAGAUGACGGCGACAGGGCGCACAAGUCGGCGUCGCAUAAGGACUACCUGUCCAGGGGAUACGACUAUGGCAAGAACUUCACCAUGAACGUCUGCGGCCCCGUCGUCGAGCCUAUUACCGGUGUGGUCGGCGUGGACGAGGACCAGUGGGCCGACGUGAGCGGCUAUUAUAUAUCCGACGGGGCUAUCUACUCGAUAGGUUCCCGAUCCAUGGAUCUCCGCAGUCGCGGUCGCAAGCUCUUUGUCCAGUACACGGGCGGGUCCCCGUGCGGACCUGAUGCUGGGAAGACGACGACGGCGCGCCGCCGCGACGCCUCGCCGGACGUAAUCGCCGACAAGACUUCCACGGCGCAUGACGCUGUCGGGAGCGAUGGAGAUGAUGACCUCGUCUCCACUCCGCACCCGCACAGGGCGGGCGACAGCACGGUGAGGAGGAAAUCGACAAUCAUCUCCUUCCUAUGCGACCGCGACCCCACCGUCUCGGGCACCACCAUCUCGUUCGUCGGCACCGACCCGGACGAGUGCGCCUACUUCUUCGAUGCCCGGUCCAUCCACGCCUGCCCCGCCGCCGAACCCCACAGGCCCGGCAGCGUGGGUCCCGGGAGCAUCUUUGGCAUCAUCGUCCUCGUCGCCAUCCUCGUCUACCUCCUCGGUGGUAUCUUUUACAACCGCACCAUUAACAAUGCCCGCGGCUGGCGCCAGCUUCCCAACUUCAGUCUCUGGGCUGGCAUUUGGAGCUUUGUCUCUGAUCUAUUCAUCAUCGCCAUCUUCUCUUGUGCCCGCUGUCUUCCGGGCCGAAGGGGAUACUCGUCUCUCCGGAACAGCAGCGCUGUCCAUAACUCGCGAGAGAGCGACCAGGAGGACCAGAGGAAUGCACUCAUUGACCAGCUCGACGAGGAGUGGGAGGAUUAG